UUUGUAAUCUCAAGAAAUAAGAUUCUUACGAACGCUCAUGUAGUGUCUGACCACACAUUCGUGCAAGUCAGAAAGCAUGGUUCACCAACAAAGUACAAAGCAAAAGUUGAAGCAGUUGGUCAUGACUGUGAUUUGGCCAUUUUAGUAAUCAAUAGCAAAAAGUUUUGGGAGGAUAUGAAGCCAUUAGACCUCGGAAACGUACCCUCUCUCUACGAAAAUGUGUUUGUUGUUGGAUAUCCUCGAGGUGGUGACAACAUUUCCAUUACGAAAGGUGUUGUCUAUAGAGUUGAAGUUACAAACUAUGCUCACAGCAGGGCUAAGCUAAUGACAAUACAAAUAGAUGCGGCUAUCAAUCCUGGAAAUAGUGGUGGUCCAGUAUUCAGGGAAAACAAAGUUGUUGGUGUAGCGUUUCAAGGUCUUUUAUCUUCAGAGAAUACAGGUCUUCUGAAAAAAGAUGACGUUCUUCUCUCAGUUGAUGGCUCUUCAAUAGGAAACGAUGCGACAGUUAAUUUUCGGAAGAAAGAACGAAUAAACUUCAAUCAUUUGGUUUCUAUGAAGAAACCAGGUGAAGCAGUAUCACUAAGAGUCUUAAGAGAGGGCAAACAUCAUGAUUUUGCUAUAAUUACGAAACCCGUAAGUUCCAUUUGUUUUGCUUAUAGGAACGAAGAGAUUGUAUGA